AUGCACCUAUCCAUUGUACUAUCCUUAUGUGCUUUUGUCGGCCAGGUGGUCGCUGGCAGCGGCAGCACCGAGACCAAUGGCCAAAGCCACAACGUCAGCUUUGUAAAUAAACAUAAUUAUUACUUCGACGUUGACGGGCAUGUGGUCAAUUCGGUCAACGGCAAGGUCGACUGGAUUGACGAGCAGUAUUUCUGGAUUGUUAAUGCUUCGCUGAGCUAUUCUUCCAAGGAUCUGGUGAACUGGUAUCGCAAUCCUACUGAGUUAUUCAAUAUCUCCGAGCCGGUAAACGCCAAAGCCUGCAGUGGCAUCUUUGGGUCCUGCGAUCGCCCAAAGGUGAUAUAUAACGAGAAGACAAGCAAAUAUGUCCUCAUGGCUUUUGCUGCCCCCGGCUCUGAGCCCGGUAUUCCUGUCUUCACCUCAGACUACCUCACCCACGGGUAUACUUUCCAAGGUCAUCUCAUCCAAAAGACCUGGUGGUACGGACAAGGUGUUGAAGAUCUUAGUCUCGCGGUGAUUGACGGCGAGGGAUACGUUAUAUACACGACGUGGGACAUGAUCAGUGCGAUUGUCACCGAUGGCAGUUUGGGCAGUAUAUGGCCGGCGUUCAGCCAGACUGUCGUGAUCGAGAAAUUGACCGACGAUUUCCUCAACAGCACCGGCGAAUCUUCAAUCGUCAUUCAACAGGGAGGUGACUUUCCCGUCACGACGAAUUCAUCCAACCUGGUUGAUGGACAGGUGGAAUCGCCGGAUUUGUUCAGACGUGGGGAUUGGUGGUAUAUGGUCGGAUCCGGGACUUGCAGCUUUUGCAAUGGGACUACUACUGUUGCGUAUCGUUCAAAGAGCUGGAAAGGCCCGUGGACGUUCCAGUUCGUUGAUUCCGACUUGACUUGUGGUGGUCAGGGAAUGGGUGUCAUGACAGUUCCUCGUGCCAACAACGACGAGGCAGAAUUCCUCUACCAGGCCGAUCGACCCUCCAUCGCACCUCUCGGACUUGGAUACACCGGCGGCGCCAUCGGCCACGGCUUCUGGAAGCUCAACUUCAACCCGGACGGCUCUAUAAGCAAGAUCGACUGUUCCCCAGACGCCCAGACAACAGUGCAAGCCCCCAUAAGCAGCAAAGACAUCCCAACCACCGGCCUCGCCACAACCGCGACCGACGGCUCCGGCAAUAACAAGGACUACUGGGCCGAGUCGAACUACCCCUCAACAUGGUUCUACCAGACCUGGACGUCCUCGAAAAGCGGCAACCUAUCUUCUGUUGGAAUAAAUCUCGGCGCGAUCUCACCAAACCAGCCUCUGGCCGUGUUUGUAUUCCGAUACCCGCAUGAUGCGGACUUUACGGCGCCGUUCUUCAAGUGGGAGACGCUGGGCUGGGCGCCUGUUACAGCGGAUAAUGUCACUGUAUCUCUCGAUGUCGUGAAGGUUUCUGUUGGUGCGAGUGUAAAGAAGGGAGAUAGACUUGGGUUCGCGCUUACGGUUGGAUAUCCCAUGAAGAAGGCGCCGUCCCUGCCGCGGUCUUCGCCGACUGCGUCGGUCUGGGGGUAUUUGAUGACGGAUCAGGUUGAGGAUGGCCAUAUUCUGUAUGUGCUUAAUAAGAGCCAUGUGUCGUUUCAGGAAGGGUAUGAGUCUCCUGUUAGGGUGUUGGAGGAGCGGGAGUUGAAGUGGUAUGCGAGGGUUGAUUAG